AAAAUAUAAAAUUAAAAAAAAAAAGUGCAGAAGAAGGAAAGAGGCCCCAAGGCAGUCUUCUUCCUCACUUUGCUUUGCUCUCAAGCUCUCAGAAGAUUCUUCUCUCCACAGUCUAAACUACAGCAAUCCUCCCGAUUCCCAAUAAAUAAACACUUAAAUCCUCCGACUCCCCCUAAUCAUUCACCCCACAAAACUGCAAAAAAAAAACAGUCAUGAAAUACAAAUCUCUCGCCUGCUAACAACCUCCCUGCCUCCUUCCAUGGCAACAGUCGACAACCAGCAGGGAUGGCUUCCCUACGACGGUAGCAUAAACAGAGACUGCUCCCAAGGCUUCUGCAGCAUAUACUGCCCUCAAUGGUGUUACGUCCUCUUCUCUCCUCCUCCUCCUCUCUCCCUCGCCGGCGCUGACAACGACUCCUCCAGCACGACCUUCUCACCUCUCGUCAUAUCCAUCAUCGCCAUCCUUGCAAGCGCUCUUCUUUUAGUUAGCUACUACACAUUCGUCUCCAAGAACUGCGCCUCUCUCUCCUUCAGCCGCCGCCCCUUCCACUACGAAGAAGACAGCGGAGGCGGCGCCGCCGCCUCCGUCCGCCAUGAGGAGUGGCAUGUGUUGCCUUCUAAUGGACUUGAGGAAGCCCUCAUCAACAAGAUCACAGUUUUAAGGUAUAAGAGAAAGGAAGGCCUGGUAGAUGGAACUGACUGCUCUGUUUGCCUUGGAGAGUUCAAGGAAGAAGAAAGCCUUCGGCUGCUUCCUAAAUGUAGUCAUGCCUUCCACUUGCAGUGCAUUGACACCUGGCUCAAGUCUCACGCGAAUUGCCCUCUAUGCCGAGCAAACAUAGUGCUGGAGCUAGAUGGGAAUGAGGAAGAGAUGGUCAUGAUCGUAGAAGAUGCAGAAAGAAGUGGAGAAGAAGAAGAAGAAGAAGAAGAAGAAGAAGAAGCAGCAGAAGAAGAAGAGCAAGAAGAACAAGAAGAAGAAGCAGAAGAAAACGAAGAAGAUGAAGGAACAGAUCAUGGAACUGAUGCGGCGGAAAUUGGGGAAGAAGAUUCAGAGCGGGUAAGGCGGUGCUUGUCUAUGGGAUCAUCGGCGGAGUAUCCUAACCGGGUUUCAAUUGCAGAUGUGCUUCAAAUGAGCAUGGAGGAAGAGUACAUGGUGGCGAAGAACUGUGGACUUGUUGGAGAAGGUGGGACUUGGAGGCGGAGGGAAAGAGAGCAGAACAGCGGCAAUGGAAGAAGCAGGGGAUUGAAUUGUGUUAUGAGUACUGUGCGUAUGAAGAGAUCAGUUUCAAGUGGAAGGUUUUUCUUUAACAGGCAAGGAAGGGGAAGAUCUUCUCUACUUCCAGUUUGAGCAAUUGCAGAAUGAUUGAGUUCUUUUGCAGCAAUCUUUGAUUUGUUUUGAGAUUUUUGAUCUGAAACAGUAAAGAAUGUUUUCAUCUUCUUCUCUAUCUUUUUUUUUGUGUGUUAUUGGAUUUGUAUAUUGGAGACUUUGAUCAGCGAAUCUGUACAGAAAUGCAGAUACUAAGCUGAAAUCUCUUUUUGCUGCUUUUUUCUUCGAUUUGAAUUGUUUUUCCUUUCUCUUUUCUUGGUGUGUUGAUCGCCUGAGUUUUCUCUGCAAAUUGAGCAAUGAAGAGAUGCAGAAGUUUGCUUUUUUAAA